AUGAAGCCCAGUCAGUCAGAGCCUAUUGCGAUUGUUGGAAGCGGGUGUCGCUUCCCAGGGGGCUCUUCGUCGCCAUCAAAUUUAUGGCAGUUGCUCCGAACGCCUCGAGAUGUGAGCAAAGAGAUACCCGAAGACCGAUUCAGCGUCAAGGGAUACUAUCACCCGGAUGGAUUUCAUCAUGGUACGACCAAUACUACCCGAUCAUACUUCCUGGACGACAUCCGAAAGUUCGACCCUCAGUUUUUCAACAUCCAGCCUGCCGAAGCAGACGCAAUCGAUCCGCAGCAGCGGCUUCUGUUGGAGACCGUGUAUGAGAGUAUCGAGUCGGCCGGGAUGACACUGGAAGGGCUUCAGGGCACACAGACAGCCGUCUUUGUAGGCAUGAUGGGCUGUGACUACUCCGACGUGCUUCUGGGUGACCUCGAGUGUGCGCCGACCUACACCGGCACUGGGACCGCUAGGAGCAUUCAUUCCAAUCGAAUUUCGUAUUUUUUUGACUGGCACGGACCUUCCAUGACGAUCGACACGGCCUGUUCAUCCAGCAUGAUGGCGAUUCAGUUAGCGGCACAAGCCCUUCGCAACGGGGAUGCGCCGGUUGCUGUCGCAGCCGGUGCCAGCUUGAUCAUUAGCCCAAAUAACUACCUAAUUUUAAGCAAUCUCAGCAUGAUUUCUGCGGAUAGCCGAGCCAAAAUGUGGGACGCCGAUGCCGACGGUUAUGCUCGUGGUGAGGGUGUCGGGGUGGUUAUUCUCAAGACUUUCAGCCAGGCGCUGAAAGAUGGAGAUCACAUUGAGUGUCUUAUUAGAGAGAUUUGCGUCAACCAGGACGGCCGUACGCAGGGAAUCACUUUGCCAAAUGAGCUGGCUCAGGCUGCCUUGAUUCGUCAGACCUACCAACGUGCAGGGCUCGAUCCCACCAAACCGGCCGAUCGCCCCCAAUACUUCGAAGCCCAUGGCACUGGGACCCCUGCUGGUGACCCCAGAGAAGCUGAGGCAAUAUCGAGAGCCUUCUUCCCCGACGGCUGCGGUGCCUCGCCUGAGGAAACGAUGUAUGUCGGCUCGAUCAAGACGGUCAUUGGCCAUACCGAGGGCACUGCUGGAAUUGCUGGUAUCUUGAAGGCUUCAUUGGCGCUGCAAAAAGGCUAUAUUCCACCGAACCUUCUAUUCAACCGUCUCAGUCCCAAAGUGGCCCCAUUUACCCAGCAUUUGCGGGUCCCUACUUCUCUUAUUCCUUGGCCCCAAGGUAUCAACGGAGUAAGAAGAGCCAGUGUGAACAGUUUCGGCUUUGGAGGAUCGAACGGCCAUGCGAUCUUAGAGAGGUUUCAACCAGAAUCGACCAUUACUUCACUUCCUGAAACAGGUCAGCCGUUAGUGACGCCUUUUGUCUUUUCUGCUGCGUCAGAGCGCACCCUCGCAAAAGUGCUCAGGAAUUACGCGCAACAUUUGAAGACAUUGGACAAUGUCAACCUGCGCUCCCUUGCUUAUACCCUCCAUUCCCGUCGGUCCGCAUUGCCAUUCCGCACUGCAAUAUGUGCCACUAGUCUCCAGGACCUGCUCUCCAAGAUUGACGAGCAUUUGAAUGAUUUCGCCACCAAGAAGACCCCCUCGUCAGGAGUGCGUGCACUAAGUAAACCAAACAGGAAGAUACUCGGCGUAUUUACUGGACAGGGUGCGCAAUGGCCUGCAAUGGGCAAGCAGCUCCUCGAGCGCGUUCCAUGUGCCCGCCAGAUCAUCGCUGAGCUGGACGAAUCUCUUGCAAGCCUUCCCAUGGAGCAUCGGCCGUCGUGGACGCUGCUCGAACAGCUCUUGGACGAAUCAGCGACAUCCGCGAUAAGUGAAGCGGCCAUCUCACAGCCCAUCUGCACGGCCGUUCAGGUCUUACUAGUUCGCCUCCUGCGCCUGGCAGGAGUGAAAUUCGAGGCCGUGGUGGGUCACUCCUCCGGGGAGAUCGCGGCGGCAUAUGCUGCAGGCUUCUUAUCAGCCUCGGAUUCCGUUCGAAUUGCAUAUUAUCGAGGAUUUGGGGCUAGGCUUGCCGGUGGGCCAAAACAAGAAAAGGGCGCUAUGCUGGCGGUUGGUGUCUCCUUAGAAGAGGCCACAGAUCUGUGUCAGCUGGACAGGUUCAGAGGUCGCAUUACGGUGGCGGCAUGUAACUCGCCGUCGAGUGUGACAUUGUCGGGAGACAUCGAUGCCAUCGAAAGCGCUAAGUCUGUUCUUGACGGUGAUAGAAAGUUUACCCGCAUGCUUCGGGUCGACAUUGCCUAUCAUUCUCAUCAUAUGAUUCCUUGUGCUGGGCCGUAUGUGGAUUUGCUUCGGGAAUGUGGGAUCACACCUACAAACCCUGGUCCGACGGCGCCUUCGUGGUACUCGAGCGUAAAUCCAAGCAGUGAGCCUAUGCAGGUCAUAGGCAGCUUGGCCGUAGAGUACUGGAAGGACAACAUGGUCCAGCCUGUUCUCUUCGCCCAGGCAGUCGAAACGGCCCUUGCAUCAUCUGGUCCUUUCGAUCUGGCGCUGGAGAUCGGUCCUCACCCCGCCCUCCAAGGCCCGUUCAAUCAAACCAUAGCAGAGGUUUCCACGGGUAAGGUCCCUUACUCAGGAUCUCUGAAGCGUGGCAGUGACGAUAUUGAAGCUUUGGCGAAUUCACUGGGCUUCAUCUGGACAUAUCUUGGACCCGCAGCCAUAGACCUCAAUGCCUAUGAGCAGAACCUGUUCCCCCAUGACGAAUACACCCUCUUCAUGAAGGACUUGCCCAGCUAUCCCUGGGACCACGAGCGGUCGUACUGGUUUGAGUCCAGGAUCAUGCGAGCUCAGCGCGAACGGAAAAGACCUGUGCACCCACUUCUCGGAAUUCAAGGGAGCGAUAACACUGAGAGCGAGGUGAAAUGGCGAAAUUUCCUUAAGUUAAGUGAGCUGCCUUGGCUCAGCUGUCACCAAAUCCAAGGCCAGGCUGUUUUUCCAGCUGCAGGUUACGCCUGUAUGGCAUGGGAGGCAACCAUGGAAAUAUCGAAAGAUCGUGCGAUUCAGUUAUUUGAAAUUCAUGAUAUGGCCAUUGGCCGGCCUAUCCUCUUCGGCCAAAGCCUCGUUGGGGUGGAAGUGAUCUUCACACUCUUCAACAUUAAGAGAGACGACCAAGACGCAGGUCUUCUUCGGGCGGACUUCUCAUGUCAUUCAUGCUCGAGCCACGAUAAUGUUCAGUUGAUUGAAAAUGCUCGCGGAACUAUCACUGUCUCCUAUGGUGAACCGAUGGCAGACACGCUUCCUGCGGAAAAACCCGAGGUUCCGAAUCUAGUCGACAUAGACACUGAACCUUUCUAUGAUGCCCUCGCAGACCUUGGUUAUGGAUACACUGGACCGUUUAAGGUAAUUGAUUUAUUGAAGAGGAAGAGGAAUCACGCCAGGGGUCUUCUCCAGAGACAGCCCACGAAUCUCCUCAUCCACCCGGCUUUUGUCGAUGGUGGUUUGCAAGCGCUGCUUGCAGCCAUGAGCUACCCAGGCGACGGUGCCCUCUGGUCUCUUCAUAUGCCAGUCAGGGUGCGCAACAUCCGACUCAAUCCAUACUUUUGCUACCUUGCCCAUGAUGAAAUGCCUGCAUUUGAGUUCGGUGCCAUUUUGUCGGAUUUCGGGCCUUUCGGUAACAAUGGCAAUGCUGAGGUCCAUCCGCCGGGGAGCUCAAACGCCCUACUGCAGAUAGAGGGCGUCAAGGCUAUUCCCUUUGCACCUGCAACCGCCAAGGACGAUCGCAACAUCUUUUCGGAAGUUGUACUGGAUCGGCUGGCUCUAAAUGGUGAAUGCAUAUCCAAGGGACACGUUGCCUCGGCCGAAGAGUAUAAUCUUGCGUACCUGAUGGAGCGAGUCGCGCACUAUUACUUACGCCAGCUCCAUCAGAGCGUCACUUCACAGGAGAGAGACCAAGCUGAGUUUCAUCACCAACGCAUGUUAGCAUUUGCAGAGCAGAUUGUGGCAUCUGUUGCGUCCGGCCAGCAUCCUUGGGCUAAACAAGAGUGGGCUCACGAUACCAAAUCUGAUAUCUUGAAGGCCAGUGAAGGGUACGCCCACUUAAUCGACCUUCGAAUCAUGAACUCUAUCGGAGAGAACAUGCACUCGGUGGUGCGAGGGGAAUCACCAUACCUUGAGCACAUGGUUCGUGAUAACAUGCUGGAAGAGUUUUAUCGGCAUUCCUUAGGAUUUCCAGUAAUGAAUAAGUGGCUCGCUCGCAUGGCCAAGCAGCUCGUCCACCAGUACCCAGCCAUGAGGAUCCUAGAGAUCGGUGCCGGUACCGGUGGAGCGACCAAGUUGAUUUUUGAGACCAUCGGGCGCAAGUUCUCUUCUUACACGUAUACUGACGUGUCCCCUGCGUACUUCGAUCGCGCACAGCAGGACUUCGAACAGUUUGCCAGCAAGAUGGAAUACAGGAUCCUAGACCUAGAGAAGGACAUGUCUGAGCAGGGCUAUUCCGAAGGCGAAUACGACCUGAUCAUUGCGUCCAACGUGCUCCACGCCACCAAAAGUCUUGAACAAACUCUGCGCCGCGUUAGGGGACUCCUUCGUCCAGGAGGGCACCUGUUGAUGCUAGAGAUCACCAACACGGGCCCAAUGCGAUUUGGGUUUCUGAUGGGUGGUCUUCCCGGAUGGUGGGUGGGUCAUAAUGACGGCCGUCAAAUGGCACCUGUAGUUGAGCCGGUUCGGUGGCAUUCAUUGCUGCAAAAAUCGGGCUUUUCGGGGAUUGACGCCAUUACUCCAGCCUCUGAUGUUCUCCCGUAUCCGAUGUCUAUCAUGGCGGCGCAGGCAGAUGACUACCGCGUCCAGUUUCUCCGCGAUCCAGUUUUUGAACCUAAUCCGCAAGUCAGCCUAGGGGAGUUGCUAAUUUUAGGAGCGGAAAGCCUGAUUACCACUAAGUUGGCACAAAGGAUCGCCCGAGCUCUGGCCAGCAAAUUUGCUGACAUCAUGAUCUUGAGCAAGAUGGAGCACCUGGGCAGCCCAGGGGUACGUAUCCCACGGAAUGUCAUCAACCUAUGUGAUCUAGAUGAACCGACAUUCUUGCGCAUGAGCCAGGAGAAAUUGAACUUAUUGAAGCUCCUGGUGAGUAGCGCGAAGAAUAUUCUCUGGGUGACUCAGGGCAGCCAAGGGAAGGAACCAUACAACUCCAUGAGCAUUGGAUUCACGCGAUCUCUGAGAUACGAAAUUCCCGACAUGCGACUUCAGGUGGUGGAUACCGACAAUGCCAAUCAUCUAGACGCACAGUAUGUCUCGGGCUUGCUUCUCAAAUUAAGCGCUAUCGACAGCUGGACGCAGCUCGGGAAGAUGGAUGAUGUCCUUUGGACAGUUGAACCUGAGAUUUAUAUAAAGAAAGGGUCAGCAUACAUUCCUCGCAUCAUCCAAGAUCGGGUGCGCAACGAUCGAUACAAUUCCAAGCAACGAUCAGUGGAAAAACAGGUAGAUCCAGAUCAACAGCCAGUCUUCCUGGAUGUGAGAGAGGAUUCCUAUAUGUUGCGUGAGGUGUUUUCGCACUCGACUUUCACAGCAAUAACAGACGAUUACGUGAGAGUCAGGGUGGCCACGACAACCUCACACGCUAUCAGGGCAGCAUCAUCUGAGGCGGCCUUCAUCGCAUACGGCACAGUUGAAGCAACCUCACAACCUGUCAUUGUAUUCAGUGAUAAGAAUGCGUCAAUUAUUGAAGUGCCCAAGAAAUAUGUCGUUGGUUACGAAUGGGAUCUUAGCAAGCAGCCUGCAUUCUUACGGGCGACCAUGCUUGAACUUAUGGCUGACAGCAUACUCUCCUUAUGCCAGCCUAAUGGAGGUGUCCUUUUGUACCAGCCGCCAGAAUCUCUCUUCACCAUCUUGCAGUGUCGAGCAGCCGAAACAGGUCGCCGCGUGUUCGAACUUACGCAGGGUCCAAAGAAGUGCACAUCGACCAUCUCCAUUCAUUUGCGUGCUCUAGAAAGCCACAUUCGAGGCGUCCUUCCAAAGAACAUUUCGGCCUUUGUCAACUUUUCGGUCGAUGCAGCCCAGAUUGACUUUUCACGACGCGUAAUGUCCGGCUUGCCUGUUGAAUGCAAAAUAAUAGGUGUCAACGCGAUAUAUCAACAAGCAGCAACUUCGAUGCCGGACUAUGCCAUGGAGAAGUUUCACUCGGCCUUGAACGGGGCAAUUGCGCACGCCGCCGACAUACUCGAGCACAUGGAGUUUUCUUCAUUCGCCGGAGUCGCAAUCCAUGACAUCUUGAGAAGUAGCCCAUCAAGCCAAAUACUUCAGGUCAUUAACUGGACGGGUGAUUCUCAAGUCAGUGUUCAAAUCGAACCUGCAAGCACACAAGUAGGGCUCAAUCCAGAAAGGUCCUAUCUUCUUAUAGGUCUCACAGCAGACUUGGGCCAAGCUGUGUGUGAGUGGAUGAUCGACCAUGGAGCUCGAAAUGUUAUUUUGCUCAGUCGCAACCCACGUCUGAACCGAAAAUGGCUGGAGUUGCAGGCAGACAAGGGUGCAACCGUAACUGUCUAUUCUGCAGACGUGAGUGAUCGACAAAGCAUCCGCGAAGUUCAUAGCAAAAUCACCGAGUCCCUUCCUAAAAUCGCGGGAGUCGUCAACGCAGCAAUGGUUCUCCAAGACUCCAUGUUUUCAAACACAAAUCUUGACAUGCUCCGGGCAGUGAUGGCUCCGAAGGUCGACGGCAGUCGCUACCUUGAUGAACUCUUUUCCGAUCCCACUCUAGAUUUCUUUAUCCUUUUUUCCUCACUUGCUUGGGCCCUUGGGAACAGUGGCCAGAGCAGCUACGCUGCCGCCAAUGGAUACCUUGUCGGUCUGGCGGCACAGCGCAGGAAUCGGGGCUUGCCAGCAUCAGUGAUUGAUCUUGGCGCGGUCCUGGGUCUGGGAUACAUUACGCGGUCCAGUCAAAUGACUGCCGCCGUUAUCAAUGCUUCAGGGUCCUACCCAAUUUCCGAGUACGACCUUCUCGAGCACUUUGCAGAGGCUAUCCUGGCCAGUCCAGUGGAAACAUCUGCAGCCUACGAAACCAUUUCCGGCAUUCGCGAGGUUGAUCCAUCUUUGGACGAUCGGGUAGCUUGGAUCAGCAACCCUCAGCUGUCCCAUUUCGUGGCCGACAAGUGCGACGUCAAGGCCAACAAAGCAGAAAACCGCGUGAUGCCGAUCAAAGACCAGUUGCGAGAGGCGCGCACUCUUCCGGUGCUCCGGCAAAUCAUUCAAGAUGGGUUCACGGCCCGCCUUCUCAUCCUGCUGCAGCUUUCUGCCGAUAACAUGAGCGAGGAGGUGCCUCUGGUAGAGCUUGGAGUAGACUCUCUUGUGGCAGUCGAAGUGCGCACGUGGUUUCUGAAAAACGUGAAUAUAGACCUCCCUGUGUUGAAGGUUUUGGGUGGGUCGAGUCUCCUGGAUAUUGUUGAAAUUGCACUCCAGCAGGCAGCCUUAAAGCUGCUUCCAGAAUCCGGCGGUAUUGAAGGCAACCCCAAAGAUGGCACAGCAUCCGGCGAGCAGGAUACGCCCCCUCAAGCGAAGGCCAUCACACAUCCUCCGACGGAAGGCUCAUCCUCGCCCCCUAUUACCGAUAAGGCGGAGCAGUUUUCGUCAGAUAAAGAAGACACCAGACUGACACCACUGUCAACCCCCCAUUCCGAGCAGUCGGAGAUCCGUUUUGAACCUGUCAUCGAGAGAACGGAGAAAAUGUCUUUCACCCAGAGAAGGUUUUGGUUCAUGCACCACCAUCUAACCGACCCAACUACAUUCAAUGUUACAUUCGCUCAUCAUCUGGAUGGAGAAUUGAACGUUGCGGAAAUGUCCGAGGCCUUGACUGCUUUAGGCGAAAAGCACGAAGGCCUGCGUACAUGUUUCUAUGACGGCGGGUCAGAAAACCGUGAGCCUAUGCAAGCAGUUCUGGAUCGAUCUCUUUUGCACCUUGAGCACCGUCAUAUCGAAACAGCCGACGCCACCCACGAAGAGUUCAAGAAACUUGUGAACCACGUCUACGAUUUGGAGAAGGGGGACAUCAUGAGGAUCACCCUGCUAACCCAUAACCGCACGUCGCAUUUUCUGAUAAUUGGAUACCACCAUAUUGCCAUGGAUGGUAUUGGGUUUGCGGGUUUCCUGCAAGAAAUAAUGCAAAUUCGCACGACGGCAUCAUCCCCAGUGCCGUAUCAGUACAUUGACUAUUCCAUCAAACAACGAGAGGCUUAUGAGCAAGGGAAAAUGUCGGGUGAGAUCGAGUUCUGGAGGAAGGAGAUUUCCAACCCACCGCCGCCGUUGCCACUUCUCCCCUUCGCGAGUACGAAGCAUCGACGCGCCCUCAGGGAGUAUUCCCAUAUCACGAGCAGCUUCCGGCUGUCAUCGAUCGUCACAGCCAGGAUCAAACGCAAGUGCCGCACUUAUCAAGCUACAAGCUUUCAUUUCUACCUGGCCGUCUUGGAAACAAUGCUAUUCAAGAUGCUAGACUCGGACGAGCUAUGCAUCGGCAUUGCGGAUUCGAAUCGCACCGAUGGAGAUAUGCUGCGCACGAUGGGUGCAUUUAUGAACCCCUUGCCCCUGCUGUUUAGGCGCCAAACGAGCCAGUCCUUCGGGGACGUAGUAAGAACUACUCGUCAAAAGGUGUACUCCGCCAUGGAGCACGCCAGGCUUCCUUUUGAUGUGCUCCUCGAUGAACUGAAAAUUCCGCGCUCUGCCGACUACCCUCCCCUUUUCCAGGUAUUUCUUGAGUUCCGGCAGGGUGUGCAGGAGCGGAUGGACUUCGGGAACUGCCUGGCGCAGCGGACGGACUGGGAUUACGGAAAAACUCCAUACGAUAUCAUGUUAGAUAUCAUGGAGAACACCAGUGGCGAGGCGGUGGUUUCUAUUAACACCCAAAGAAGCCUGUACUCGCAAGAAGACACAGAUUUGCUUGGCCGAGUCUUCCAGAACCUCUUGGAUACUUUUACAAACAAUCCGGCCCAGCAAGUAGGAGAUCCUCCUCUGUUUGCCAAGGUGGACAUCGAUAAAUCCAUAAAGGCUGGUAUUGGUCCGCAAGUGCAACCCACCUGGCCUGCCAAUGUUGCGGAUUGUAUUGGCGUCAGUCUGGCUGCAAACCCUGACAAGGUAGCUUUGAAGGUCGACGGCGGCUUAGAGAUCACAUAUCGUGAACUUUCCGAUCGUGCCAACCGAAUUGCAUCUGCGGUGAGGAACGCAAACAUCCAGCAGGGGUCAAGGAUUGCUAUUCUUUUGGAACCCAGCCCAGAUCAAGUGGCCUCGAUGAUAGCGAUGUUCCGACUGGGGUCGAUCUAUGUACCUCUAGACCUCCGGCAACCAGCACCCAGGAUAAAGGUCCUUCUCGAAGACUGCCAACCCGGUGCUGUUUUAUAUCACGCCGCCACAGUCGAGCUGGCAGGCUCCUUGUUGCCCUCUGGUACAACAAAACUGCUAGAUAUCUCAGUAGUGGAUACGGAACCGGCGCCCUCAUACUCGGCUCCCAUCGGCGGGGACUCUCCGGCAAUGGUCCUCUAUACCAGCGGCUCGACGGGGACACCGAAAGGGAUUGUUAUAUCCCACGCCAACAUUUGUCACCAUCUUGAAAGCAUGAGCCAGACUUUGGGCUUCGGCGCAGAGGUGAUGUUGCAUCAGAGCGCUCCCACCUUUGAUCUUGCCGUCAGUCAGGUCCUGAUGGCACUCUGUCAUGGUGGCACUCUGAUUGUCGUACCUCAAUCAAAGCGCGGUGACGUCCUCGAGAUAACGAAAAUCAUGGCCGGACAGCAUGUGACGUCCACGAUUGCGACGCCAUCGGAAUAUUCUGCAUGGCUUCGGUAUGGCCGUGCGAAUCUUCGAUCUUGUACAACCUGGAGCGUAGCUCUCAGCGGGGGUGAACAAUUGACCUCGAGACUAAUUCAAGAGUUUGACGCCAUGCAUGGCUGCUCCCCUCGGGUUGUCAACAUCUAUGGACCGGCGGAGAUCACCAUUUCGAGCAAUUGUCUAACAGUUCCUCGAACUGAAACCAAUUUCGCGGUUCCCGUCGGGCCCACCCUGCCCAAUUACUCCGUCUAUAUUGUGGAUUCGAACACGAAGCCUCUCCCCUUGGGGAUGUCUGGAGAAAUCUGCAUUGGCGGGUGUGGAGUCACGCUCGGCUAUCUAAACAACGACAGCCUUACCCAGAAGAAAUACAUCAUUAAUCCAUUCGUCCCCGAGGCCCACCGGGCUAGAGGAUGGACCCGAAUGGUGCGAACCGGUGAUCGUGGGCGGCUUUCUCUUGACGGCUCUCUAGUCUUCGAGGGCCGGAUGGGCGACGACUCGGUCAUUAAGUUGCACGGAAUUCGGGUGGAACUGGAGGACAUUGAGAGUGUGAUUCUGCGGCAAGCGGGCGGAGCCAUAGACCAGGUCAUCGUUUCCGUGCGUGGCGAUCCUCAGUUCCUGGUUGCUCAUGUCGUGCUGCCUAGCAGCCUCGCCGAUAUCGACCAGGAAGUAUUCCUCGAGGACUUGCGCUCCAAUCUCCCAUUACCGCUGUAUAUGUGCCCAGCUAGAAUCGUUUCCGUGACCGAGUUCCCUCUCAACGCGCACUCCAAGGCGGACCGUCUCGCCAUCGCCAGGCUACCCCUGCCACCAACAGCUCUCCGAGGGCCUAGUGCGGGAUUUGGACUGACCGACAUUCAAAAGGAGCUAAAGAGUCUGUGGGAUGACGUUCUUCCCCAAGAGCUCGUCGACAUCUCCGCUGCACACUCAGACCUCAAUUUUUUCCAGGUCGGAGGAAACUCCUUUCUUUUGCUGACGAUUCAAGACUUGAUCAGAAAGCGCUUUUCAGUCACACUGACCCUAGCCGAUCUUUACGAGGCCAGUACUCUAGGGCGUAUGGCCGCCAGAAUCAAGAACGCGGAGAGAGACCGGGAGAUCGAUUGGGACUCGGAGACAUCCAUUCAACACAUCAUUCCAGCAGUACCUGUCGAAAGCAGCCCCCGUUCCAACAACGAUGGAUUGGUCGUCGUGAUGACCGGUUCGACGGGGACGCUGGGUUUCGAACUCCUACGACAGUUGGUGGCUGAUGCACGUGUUUCACGGAUCCAUUGUGUCGCCGUGCGCGAAUUGAAUGACGAUGCAAAAUCUGCCGCUCGCCGGUCUCGACUCGACAUGGCCAAGGUGUCCUAUUACCCCGGCGAUCUCGCCGAUCCUGAUCUGGGACUCCCCAGGGAAACAUUCUGUUCGAUCGCCGCCGAGGUGGACCUUAUCUUGCACAGCGGCGCUAAUCGCUCUUUCUGGGAUCGCUACACCGCAUACCGAGGAGCCAAUGUCCAGUCCACCAAGUCGCUUGUUGCUAUGGCCCUCGCCCGAAAGGCGCCAAUUCACUUUCUCUCGUCUGGGGGAGUCUCGGCAAGCACCGAAUUGCCCGCCACCGACGGCACAAACGGAUAUAUCGCGUCGAAAUGGGCCAGCGAACGGAUUCUUGAAACCACGGCGGACAGGUUCGGCAUUCCCGUGCACAUCCAUCGCCCGAUGCCUACCAUUUCAGACAAUCAUGCAGCUCAUCACAGGGCCUUGGCCGAGCUUCGGCGGAUCACCCAUGACCAACACAUUCUUGUUUCCGCCGGAAACAUCUCCGGCCACAUCGAUCUAUUCCAAGUGGACCAACUAGCCGAGAAGAUAGUCCAAGUUAUGUUCGGUAAGCCGGAGAGCAUCGCGGCGCUGGAUGUUGACGGGGUCUUGAUUUCCCGUGACCAACAUCAUCCUCUGUCAUACAUCAACUAUCAGAGUCCAAUCCGACUCACGACUGACGAUCUUGGAAGCAUUUGGGACGGGAGGGCCGGGAGUUCCUCGGACACAACAACUCUGACAGGGCCUGAAUGGAUCGGCGCCGUUAAAGCCGCCGGUUUCCCGUAUAUCGUGUCGUCACAGGAUCUUCAAAUUUUGGAACCGGGUCAGGAUCGAGCACGAUUGGUGAGUCGGCGGUGA